AUGCCCUCCUAUUGCGCAGCGGGAGCCUCUUGGCAGCAGCAGCAGCCGCAGUGGCCACAAGAUCGGAAUAAGCCAGCAGCAGCAGCAGCAGCAGCAGCAGCAGCAGCUGCUGCUGCAAUCGUCACAGCAGCAACCACAGCCGCAGCCACAGCCACAGCAGCGGCCACGGGCACAGCAGCAGCAGCAGCCACAGCAGCAGCAGCAACUCAGCCGCCGCCCCAGCCACAGCAGCAGCAGCAACUCAGCAGCCCCCGCAGCCACAGCAGCAGCAGCAGCAGCAGCAGCAGCAGCAGCAGCAGCAAAAUGACGCGGGAGGGCCCGCUCAUUGACAGCAGCCGCCUCAGAGCUGCGCUGAGCGCAGAAGCAGCAGCAGCAAAUUUGCGGUUUACAAAAAUAAUAGAAGAAGCAACUCGAAAGGCAGAAGAGCUGCAAACCCUAACCUCUCUCGUCGCGCAGCUGAGGGAGAAGCUAAGUGAGACAAAAGAAGAACAGCUUUCGCUAAAAGCCUUCAACGCCUCUAAAGGAAAUAAGCUGAAGGCUUUACGCAGAGAGUUAGCCACAGAGAAAAAAGAAAAGGAAGAAGAGGAGUCUCGCCUCUUGUCCACUAAGCGUCACAGAGACGGCCUGUAA